GAUUGCUCAAGUGACUCUCGGCUGCAGCCACAUCUGUAAGAAGGAACAGGUUUGCAGGAGGUCCCGUCAUUCAUACAAAACCAUGGUGUCAGUCCCGGUGGCAGCAGUGAUCCUGCUGGUCUUCCUGGGAUCCUUUGCCACAGCACAAGAUGUGUCCCUAGACAGAGAUUGGAGAGACUGGAAGGAGGCUCAUGGUAGAGAAUACAAAAAGAAGGGGGAAGAGGAAUACCGAAGGAGCAUCUGGGAAUCAAAUGUACAUGUGAUCAGACGUCAUAACCAGGAGGCUUCCCAGGGGAAACACACAUAUCGGCUGGAGAUGAACCAAUUUGGUGACCUUACUAAUGACGAGUACAACCGAAAGGUAAACGGUGCACGUCCUGAAAUGGGAGCAAACCGUCGCUACAAGAACGUGCUCAGAAGAUCAGUCGCUUUCCAGCCUCCCACGUUUGUGGACUGGCGCACCAAAGGUUAUGUCACCCCAGUGAAAAACCAGGGCGAUUGCGGUGCCUGUUGGGCAUUCAGCUCCACCGGAGCCCUGGAAGGCUUGAAUGCCCGGGCAACGGGAAACCUGGUCUCGCUCAGUGAACAAAACCUCAUGGACUGCUCCACGUAUCUCGGCACCGACGGCUGCGGUGGAGGGUGGAUGCCGGUGGCCUUUGAAUAUGUUGCCCAGAAUAAUGGCAUUGACUCGGAGCAAAGCUACCCCUAUCAGGCGCAGAGUGGACUCCCCUGCCGGUACAGCACCUGGAACCGAGCGGCCACCUGCAAGUCCCUGGUGACGAUUCAAAGCGGAGACGAGCAAGCCCUGGAAGAAGCUGUGGCCGUCUAUGGCCCGGUUUCAAUCGCUAUCGAUGCUGCCAGCAUGCAAUUCCAGUUCUACUCGUCAGAGAUGGAGGAGUAG